AUGUCUCUGAAAGUGUUGUUAACCACAGUCUACGUGGUUUUCGUCCUUCUGUGUAACAAUCAAGUGACAUCGACUGGUAUUGACAGCCUUCGUUAUUAUGGCUAUAAUACACCAAUGGAGAUUGAACACAGAUAUGAUCCAGAUUUAUUUUUGAAGGGGACGGAAACCUCACCGAAUAACAUCACUGGGGUGACUACAAACGAAGCAGUUAACAAAUCAUCAAAGAAUAUACGGUUACCACAAACUGUAUUCCCUCAUUUCUAUGAUCUACGGCUUCAAGUUCACAUUCAUGGAAAUGCUGAUACUCAAGACUUCUAUUUCAAUGGAUCUGUGACUAUAAAGAUUCAGUGUUUAGCAGCAACUGCAGAUCUCUUUAUUCAUGCUUAUCCAAAUCUUAAUGUCAGUAUGGAUCAAAUCAGAUUUACUGUCUGGACAAGACCAGAGAAAAUUGAAUCAGCCAGGUAUGCUUUGGAUAUCGGUAGAAGGCUUCUUACACACUUUGAAAAUUACUUUGGAGUGCCUUACUCACUUCCAAAAAUGGAUAUGGUUGCACUUCCUAACUUUUACUCUGACGCAAUGGAAAACUGGGGUCUAAUAAUAUGUCGAGAAAAUGGACUGUUAUGGAAUCCGAGUACUGGCGCAGCUGCAUCGAAAUUACUGGUGACAGUUACUAUUGCACAUGAAAUAUCUCAUCAAGACAGACAAUUCAUUAUUAAUGAUAUGCAAGGAGCGAUGAUCUCAGAUGCCUCUACAGAAUCUCAUCCUGUUAUUAAUUCAGCUGAAUAUCCAGGCGAGAUCGAGGACAUUUUUGAUCCGAUAACAUACAGUAAGGCUGCUUCGAUUAUCCGGAUGAUGGAGUCAUUUCUUGGACAUGAUGUCUUCUUAAAUGGCAUGAAGAAUAUUCCAGAUUCUGCACGUCCACAAAUCAUCGGCGAUUUAUUCCAUCUCGCGAAUCUGAUUAUAUUGCUGAUUCUAUCCCCUGUUAACUCUGAAUACACAUUCCAUAGCAUACCGCCUGGUUUGAAAUCAGCAGUCUACUGUACAGCUAUCAGAUUUGGUGGGCAAGCAGAGUGGAAAUUCCUCAGAAAUCAGUACAAUGUUAAUGAGACAGAAGAUGUUGAAAAAGAAAAUAUCUUGACAGGAUUAUCUUGUUCCCGUGAUAUAUGGACCAUGAAACUAUACUUUGAUUGGAUUAAACAGGACAGACAAUACUGGUCAGCGAUUCCUGAAUUCGCAGUAUCUCCAAUCGGUAAUAAAAUGUUGUGGGACUAUGUGCAUGAAUUGGUCAAAUCUUUGAAAACUGACAUGGAAAAUUCAACACGUUCUCCAACUGAGAUUGAUGAAUUCACCAAAGAAGUGAUACAGAGUCUUUCUAAUCCAUAUUACAGCUUGAAUAACAAAAAUGAUGGUGAAAAGAUACUGAGUACAGAGGCUGAUUGGCUACAGUUACCACAGAAUCAUCCACUCAAACGUGAAUUGUACAAUUUGCUAACUACCUCGAAGCGAAAUUUGAAAUGGCUUGACACUCACCUUCACACAAUUCUACAAUGGUUGAAAGAAAAUAUUCCUCAUACAGCACAAGAGGUCUAGAAAUGUUACUCAGUGUGGAGAAAAUCGUCUCUGAUUCCUACUUGACCUAUAU